AUUACAACUAUUUGUGUAUUAAGCGAAAUGGCCGUUCUUCCUCGCAUCCUAAACUUCAUAUUAACCUAACAGCUAACAAGCGAAGUUAAAGCCCUAAAGCCGCCGAUUUGUGUCGCCUCUCACUCCGCGUCUGAGACACAACCAGAAGCCUCUCGCUCGCCUUUCUUCUCUUCGUCAACUGCGGUAUCUGCUCUUCUCUCUCCCUCUCUAUUAGAUAUGUUUAUGCUUUCAAAUACCCAAUCAAGCAUUUGUAGAGAAAUCAAGAAAACCACAUCAAGGGUCUGCCCUAUCCUCCACAGGAAAGAACCCAACAGACAUCAAAACCCUAUCCUUUUUAUACACCCAAUUUUCCUUAUAUAGCUAUAUAUUGGGAUAUAUAUUUUUGGCUUCUGCAUUUGUUUAUUUGCGCUGGCCUGUUUGCUUGGUUGUUGAUUUGUUGUAACUUAUAAUAACUAUCUUUAUACAUAGUUUUGGAAAAAUGGGUGAUUAUGAUGCCCAAAAAAUCCGAAAUAUAUGCAUAUUAGCUCAUGUUGAUCAUGGCAAGACAACACUUGCUGACCACCUAAUUGCUGCCACUGGGGGUGGUCUGCUUCACCCAAAAAUGGCUGGGAAGCUUAGGUUUAUGGAUUAUCUUGAUGAGGAACAGAGACGUGCAAUAACAAUGAAGAGCUCUUCAAUAGCUCUUCAUUAUAAAGACUAUUCAAUAAACCUCAUAGAUUCUCCUGGUCAUAUGGAUUUUUGUUGUGAGGUUUCUACUGCUGCCAGAUUGAGUGAUGGGGCAUUGAUUUUGGUUGAUGCUGUUGAGGGGGUUCAUAUACAGACACAUGCUGUUUUGCGUCAGUCUUGGAUUGAGAAGCUCACACCAUGUUUGGUGCUUAAUAAGAUUGACAGGUUGAUUUAUGAGUUGAAGUUGAGUCCCGUGGAAGCAUAUAAUCGGUUGCUUAGGAUUGUUCAUGAGGUUAAUGGGAUCAUGAGUACAUAUAAGAGUGAGAAAUAUCUUUCUGAUGUAGACUCAUUACUUGCUGGGCCAUCUGGGGAAGUGGAUUAUGAGAAUCUUGAGUUUAUAGAAGAUGACGAGGAGGAUACCUUUCAACCACAGAAGGGGAAUGUGGCAUUUGUAUGUGCAUUGGAUGGGUGGGGUUUUGGUAUUAGUGAGUUUGCUGAAUUUUAUGCUUCAAAGCUUGGUGCUAGUUCAGCUGCAUUGCAGAAGGCUCUGUGGGGUCCUAGGUAUUUCAAUCCCAAGAGUAAGAUGAUUGUGGGGAAGAAGGGAGUGGAAGGAGGAAGUAAGGCCCGGCCUAUGUUUGUGCAGUUUGUGCUUGAGCCAUUGUGGCAGGUUUACCAGUCAGCCUUGGAGCCUGAUGGAAAUAAAGGUUUACUUGAGAAGGUCAUUAAGUCAUUUAAUUUGAAUGUACCACCACGUGAACUUCGGAAUAAGGAUCCAAAGGUUGUGCUUCAAGCUGUUAUGAGCCGCUGGCUUCCAUUGUCUGAUGCAAUUUUGUCAAUGGUUGUGAAGUGUAUGCCAGAUCCAAUUGUUGCUCAGUCUUUUCGAAUUUCACGUUUGCUGCCCAAGAGAGAGGUUUUGCAUGAUGCAGUUGACUUGAGUAUUAUUGCAGAGGCAGAUCUUGUGAGAAAGUCAGUUGAGAUUUGUGAUUCCAGCCCUGAAGCACCUUCUGUUGCUUUUGUGUCCAAAAUGUUUGCAGUACCAAGAAAGAUGCUACCUCAAAGGGGACCAAAUGGUGAGAUUUUGAACAAUCACAGUGACGAAAAUGGAAGUCAUGAAUCAGAUGAGUGCUUCCUUGCGUUUGCAAGAAUUUUUAGUGGGGUUCUUUACUCACGGCAAAGAGUCUUUGUGCUUUCAGCAUUAUAUGACCCAUUGAAGGUAGAGUCCAUGCAGAAGCAUGUGCAGGAUGCUGAGCUGCACUCUUUAUAUCUCAUGAUGGGUCAAGGCUUGAAACCAGUAGCUUCUGCAAAAGCAGGAGAUAUUGUGGCAAUCCAAGGCCUCGGUCAACAUAUUUUAAAAAGUGCAACUCUUUCAUCCACAAGAAACUGUUGGCCUUUCUCUAGCAUGGCAUUCCAGGUUUCCCCUACUUUAAGAGUUGCAAUUGAGCCGUCUGAUCCAGCAGACAUGACAACUCUGAUGAAGGGUCUGAGGCUUCUGAACCGGGCUGAUCCCUUUGUAGAGGUAACUGUCUCUUCUAGAGGGGAGCAUGUGCUUGCUGCUGCUGGAGAAGUUCACCUAGAAAGGUGCAUCAAGGAUUUGAAGGAGAGAUUUGCAAAAGUGAGCCUGGAAGUCUCUCCACCUCUUGUGUCCUAUAAGGAGACCAUAGAAGGGCACACGGCCAAUGCUUUAGAUAAUCUGAAAUCACUAAGUAGAAGCUCCGAUUAUGUGGAGAAGACAACACCAAAUGGAAGGGGCGUUGUUCGUGUGCAAGUCAUGAGACUUCCUCCUGCACUAACCAAAGUUCUGGAUGAAAGUGUUGACAUCCUUGGAGAUAUUAUUGGUGGGAGGCUGGGGCAGACAAAUAAAGAUGUGGAAAAGCAGGGUUCGACCAUUGUACAUGAUGAUAAUUCAAUUGAAGGACUCAAAAAACGCAUAAUGGAUGCUGUGGAUGGUGAAAUAUCAUCAUGGAGUGGGACUGACAAGGAUCGAGCUGAGAAAUACAAACACAAGUGGCAAAAAUUUCUUAGGAGGAUUUGGGCACUUGGUCCAAGGCAGGUUGGCCCUAAUAUCCUCUUCACUCCAGAUUUGAAAAGCAAGAGCAAUGAUUUCUCUGUUCUUGUGCGGGGUUCUCCUCAUGUAUCCGAAAGAUUAGGCUUAGUGGAUAAUUCCAGUGAUGGUGAUAUGCCUGCUGACCCUUCCUCUGAAGCAACUAAAAUAUUGGAAAUCGAAGCAGAGAGUCUUCAGAACAGCAUAGUGUCUGGAUUCCAACUUGCAACAGCAGCUGGACCUCUAUGUGAUGAACCAAUGUGGGGAGUGGCUUUUUUGGUUGAGGUUUACAUAUCUCCAUUAGCUGAGCAAUCUGACGAGUCUGACAUUAACCAACAAUCUGAGCAGCAUGGCAUCUUCACAGGACAGGUUAUGACAGCAGUCAAGGAUGCGUGUAGAGCAGCUGUACUUCAGAACAAACCUCGGCUUGUUGAAGCAAUGUAUUUUUGUGAGUUGAACACCCGAACUGAAUAUUUGGGCUCCAUGUAUGCAGUGCUUAAUCGGAAACGGGCUCGGGUCUUGAAGGAGGAGAUGCAGGAAGGGUCUCCACUUUUCACGGUUCAUGCAUAUGUCCCAGUUUCUGAGAGCUUUGGUUUUGCUGAUGAGCUCAGAAGAUGGACUUCAGGAGCAGCAAGUGCACUGCUUGUUCUUAGCCAUUGGGAAGUACUUCCCGAGGAUCCUUUCUUUGUCCCAAAAACAGAAGAGGAAAUUGAAGAGUUUGGAGAUGGUUCCAGUGUUCUGCCUAAUACAGCUAGAAAGCUCAUUAAUGCUGUUAGGCGGCGGAAGGGCUUGCCUGUGGAAGAAAAAAUAGUCCAGCAUGCUACUAAACAGAGGACAUUGGCUCGUAAAGUGUAGAAUUCAUUGAACUAGUUUUGUUUUCUGUGGAUUACAGAAACUGUAUGUGCACAACUCAUAUUCUUUUUAGUACAAAAAUCCAGAAUAAAUCUGGUUUCUUUGUUGGUUCAAACAUUAGUCCCUUUUUCUGUAAGUGAAUUAUGCAGAUCUUGUUUCAAGUCAUUGUUGAAGAAUGAUACUGUCUUAAUGGCAAGAGUGAGCUCUUGAGCUCUGUUUCUUUC